AUGGCUCACCGUCCGGAAGAGGCCACCGACCGGUGCCUCUUAAGGUUCGUUUGGUUGCAGGACCCGGAAGGGCUUGACUACGCAGCCUGGAGGAAGAAACUUGCCCAGGACUGGGCGGAGCACCAAGACCGGCAGAGUGAUGCCAGGGAUUGGUGGAAAGACCCGGAAGGGCGCUGGUGGAAGGAAUGGUCGCCUUCGGACCUUGUCCGCUGA